AUGGCCACACCGAAAGAUCAUCCCGGAUAUGGCACAGAUGAUCCUGCACAGUCAUCAAAGGGCGACCAAGAGGAGCCCUCGGCCUUCAAAGGCUUUCUGAGAGUGUUUGCUUUUGGUCACGCAGCCGACUAUGCCCUCGAAUCCAUCGCCAUCAUCGCCGCCAUCGCCUCAGGCGUUGCCUUGGCCAUGGUAAAUAUUGUCAUCGGCCAGUUUAUAUCGCUUCUGAGCGACUCCCACUCAUCUUCAGGCUCUCAGCCGGAUGGAUUCAUGGCCGCCGUCAGCAAAACAGCGCUCUACUUCGUGUACAUCGGCAUCGUGCGAUUUGUGUGCACGUACAUCUACGCCUCUCUCUUCACCUUUGUCGCCCACCGUCUGACCCGUAACAUUCGACACGAGUAUCUCCGCGCCGCGUUCAGCCAGGAGAUUGGCUUCUUCGACAAAUCCAGCGGCUCCAUCUCCAUGCAAGCCACGUCCAACGGAAAGCUGAUCCAGUCGGGCAUUGGCGAAAAGCUCGGCAAUCUCGUCCAGGCCAGCGCUACUUUUGUCGCAGCCUUCAUCAUCGCCUUCAUCACCCAGUGGAAGCUCACGCUGAUAAUCAUCGGCAUGGUGCCGGUGCUCCUCAUCGUUGUUGGCGGUGCCGCCGGACUGGACGCGCAAAUCGAGACGGACAUUCUCAAGAUCCACGCCCAGGCAGCAAGCUUCGCCGAAACGACUCUUGCAGGUGUUCGUACCGUUCACGCCUUUGAUCUCCGCCAGAGGGUCGUCAGCCAGUACGAUUCGUUCCUCCAGAACUCGUUCCACCUGGGCAUGAAGAAAAAUAAAAUCUACGGGGUUCUGUUCGGUGGGGAAUACUUCAUCGUUCACGCCGCCAUGGGCUUGGCCUUUUGGCAGGGUAUUGCCAUGGUGAAUCGUGGGGAAAUUCCUGACCUCGGCGGUGUUUUCACUGUGCUCUUCUCUGUUGUCAUCGCCGCCAGUACAGUCAUGACCAUCGCCCCGCAGAUGGUCACCUUCGGCCGCUCAGCGACUGCUGCGGCCGAGCUUUUCACGCUGAUUGACAGGAAAUCCGAGAUUAAUCCUUUUGAUCACUCGGGAGAACGACCUGACAGGCUCGUUGGGGAAGUUCAGCUUCAAAACGUUUCUUUCAGCUAUCCCACGAGACCAGAUGUCACCGUGCUCGAUAACUUCAGUCUACGUGUUCCUGCAGGGAAGGUCACAGCCUUGGUGGGUCCCAGUGGAUCGGGAAAAAGCACCAUUAUUGGGCUUUUCGAGCGAUGGUACAACCCGACGGCCGGGACUGUAAGAUUGGACGGCAAAGAUAUCAAGGACUUGAAUCUUAAAUGGCUUCGAACCAAUGUUCGUCUCGUGCAACAGGAGCCUGUUCUCUUCAACGGCACCGUACUCGAGAACAUAUCUAAUGGCCUCGUCGGGACACCCUGGGAGACAGCCACACCAGUGGAGCAGCGAAGACGCGUCGAAGACGCUGCUAAGCUCGCCUUCGCACACGACUUCAUCACUAGUCUCCCGCAAGGGUACGACACCAGGAUCGGAGAGAGAGGCGGACUUCUUUCAGGCGGGCAGAAGCAGCGCAUUGCUAUUGCCCGCAGUCUUAUAUCUGAGCCGCAGGUGCUUCUCCUCGAUGAAGCAACUAGUGCCCUCGAUCCUCACGCCGAAGGUGUGGUUCAGGAGGCCCUCAAUAGAGCCUCCCAGGACCGGACAACCAUCGUCAUCGCCCACAAAUUGGCAACCAUCCGGAACGCUGACCACAUUGUGGUCAUGUCUUCAGGCCGUAUCGCUGAACAAGGUCGUCAUGACGAUCUGGUCGCAAUGAACGGAAUCUACCACAAUCUUGUCAAGGCACAAGACCUGUCCCCAGCCGAGACCCAGCAGACCGCGCAGCGCCUUUUAGAGAAGGAAUCCACCCUGGACGACAUCUCAGGCGUGGAUCACUCACUCGUCAAGAACAAAACGACUGAGGAGAGGCAUCUGGCGUCGCUCAAGGACCGAGAAGACUUCACACUGUUCAAGCAGAGCGGCCUGAUCAGUACCGUCAUGAAGCUGAUGGGCUGCACGCCCGAACUGAAGUUCUGGUAUUUGCUGGCACUCAUCUCCUGCAUCAUUGGAGCUGCCCUGUUUCCCGCACAAGCCCUGCUCCUCGGCAACAUCCUCGACGUCUUCUCAUCCCCCGAUAUGGUGUCUCGAGGCAAUUUCAUCUCACUCAUGUUCUUAGUCAUCGCCUUUGGGUGUCUGAUCGGAUAUUUUCUUCUGGGAUGGUCGAGCAACAUGAUCGCACAGGUAGGUGACCCGAUCCUUGUUCAUGUCCAGGAGAUUGCUGACGACAAUAAGACCCUAGGUAGAAAGAUGCGGAGAUAUCUCUUGGACUCUGUCCUCCGUCAAGACCUGCGGUUUUUCGAUCGCCCCGAGAACACCAUCGGCACGUUGACCAGCCGUCUCGACUCUUACCCCCAGGCAGUAUUCGAGUUCAUGGGAUUCAACGUUGCUCUCCUUAUUUUAGCCCUCAUCAACUUGUCAGCUUGCAGUAUCCUCGCCAUCUCGGUUGCCUGGCGCCUUGGCUUGGUCGGCGUUUUCGCUGGGCUCCCUCCCAUGCUGCUGGCUGGAUGGGUACGCAUCCGGCUCGAAGUGAAGAUGGAGAACGCCAUGGACAAGUCAUUCUUGCAGAGCUCUUCCGUAGCGUCAGAGACAGUGAUGGCGGUACGCACCGUCUCCUCCUUGGCGCUGGAGCAGAAGAUGCUAGACAAGUACACGCACGAGCUGGACAUGGCUAUUCAAAACGCGGCACCGUCGCUGUUUCACAUGAUGAUUUGGUUCUCGAUGACCCAGGCAAUUGAAUACUUCGUCCUCGCCCUUGGCUUUUGGUGGGGAUCCAAGCUCAUCAACGACGGCUACAUCAACUUCUAUCAGUUCAUCGUCUCCUUCAUGGGUGUUUACUUUUCGGGUCAGGCGACAAGCCAGAUGUUUGUCUUCGCAGGCAAUUUCACAAAGGGCCAUAAAGCCGCCAAUUACUAUUUCUGGAUGUCUGCCCUCGAGCCAACGAUUCAGGAUACCGCUGAGAACAGUGGCAAGGGGCCAGAACACGGCUGCAAGUCUUUCGAUCUGGAAAAUGUCCAGUUUGCCUACCCUCUGGCGCCGCACAACCGGGUUCUCAAGGGGAUUUCACUCACCAUUCAGCCUGGAGAGUUCGUCGCAUUUGUAGGGCCAUCGGGCUGUGGUAAGAGCACAAUGGUUUCACUGCUGCAACGUUUCUACGACCCCGUCAGCGGCACCAUCAACGUUGAUUACUCGCCUUUGAAAUCGAUCAGCCCUUCUCUCUAUCGUAAGAACAUUUCUCUGGUGCAGCAGGAACCGACGCUGUUCCCGGGGACCAUCCGGGACAAUAUCUCGCAGGGCGUCGACACAACCACUUCUGGCCCGCUGCCCGACUUUCAGCUAGAGGAAGCCUGUCGUUCCGCCAAUGUCUGGGACUUCAUAGCCUCGCUCCCAGAGGGCCUUGAUACGCCUUGCGGAACGGGCGGCAGCCAGCUCUCGGGCGGCCAGCGACAGAGAAUUGCGAUUGCACGCGCCCUCAUCAGAAAGCCGGCCGUGAUCCUGUUGGACGAGGCGACAAGCGCACUGGAUACUGAGUCUGAGCGCAUCGUUCAGGGCGCGUUGAAGAAGGCGGCAACCACUGGCAAUAGGAUCACUAUUGCCGUCGCCCACCGACUGUCUACUAUUCGGGACGCAAGCCGUAUUUUCGUCUUCAACGGUGGAAUCAUCGCCGAGAGCGGGACUCAUGGAGAGCUCAUCGAGCGGGGUGGGAUGUAUGCGAAGAUGUGCGAGGCUCAAAGAUUAGGUCAAGAUAUGUAGGGUGUUGUUAUGUCUUGGUCUUGAUUCUCUUGGUCCACAUUUUGUUUAAUUUCUUGCACAUACUGGACAUAGCAUCCGCGGUUUCUCAACCGAAAGUCGGUGUCGUGGAUGCCGCUCAUAUGUUCACCUUCCAUAGCAAAUACACUUGUAAUAAAAAGGCGUCGCCUAAUAUUGUCACUUCAAGCUCUCUAUGAUGUACCGAGAGCGUUGCAAAACACAUUGCUUUGAAUGAUGUUUCCACAGAAUCGUAAUUAUUUGAUUAUGUCUACUACAGAUAGUCGCUUUCUUGUAAUUAAACUCCCUUGCUCCAAACUCUCCCCUCGAGGUCGUCGCCCAAGUCGAUUUGUAAUGAAUCGUCGAUGAAAUAACCGCUUCCUAACUAAGCCAAACCUCUAUC